AUGGCAGGAUAAUAAGAUGGAUCAAUCUAAUUGUUCAGUCUUAGCAAACCAUCAUUCUCACAAACAUUCAGAAUCAAUUAAUUUAUUGCGAUAUUUGAUAUUUGUUUUAUUGCUCAGAAAUAAAAUGAAUAAACUUAUGCUGUUGGUGAUGUUUUUGAAGGAAUAUCAAUAAUUAAAAUGAUUAAGAAGGGGGACUUUGCUUUUAAAUUAAUUGAAGACCCACAAAGAUUAAUUUAUAAAGGAUAUUGUUAUUCAUUCAUUUUAAUAAAAUAAAAUACUCUUGCUUUUACUUGUUUGAUUGAUAGCAAACGUUACUUAAAGAUAUAUAACAUUGAGUUAAAGAAAGAGAUUCACAGUAUGGGAUUAUAAUCUUGGUCAUAUCUUUAUGCAAUAGAUGGUUUUUUAUUCAGAGUUUAAUCAUUUUGGAGAUAAAAAACAAACCUUGGUGAGCAUGAAACUGAAGGAUGA